AUGGACAAAGUGGUCAUCAGUCUCCUGCUUCUGGGAACCACAGUUACGAUGGUCCAUGCAUGUCCAAAAUACUGUGUCUGCCAGAACCUCUCAGAGUCUCUAGGGACUCUGUGCCCCUCAAAAGGCCUGCUCUUCGUUCCACCGGACAUCGACCGGCGAACUGUGGAGCUCCGGCUGGGCGGCAACUUCAUCCUCAAGAUCUCCACUUUGGACUUUGCCAACAUGUCAGGCCUGGUGGAUCUAACCUUGUCCCGCAACACCAUCAGCACCAUCCAGCCUUUCUCUUUCAUUGACCUGGAAACCCUGAGAUCCCUGCACCUGGACAGUAACCGGUUGACCGAGCUGGGACCGGAUGACCUUCGAGGGCUGAUCAACCUGCAGCACCUGAUCCUCAACAACAAUCAGCUAAGUCGGAUCUCCAAAGCAGCCUUUGAUGACUUGUUACUGACACUGGAGGAUUUGGAUUUGUCAUAUAAUAACUUGCGCAGUGUGCCUUGGGAAGCCAUCCGCAAGAUGGUCAACCUCCAUCAGAUGAGUCUGGAUCAUAAUCUCAUCUCCUUCAUUUCUGAGGGGACUUUUACAGAUCUGGAUAAACUGGCCCGUUUGGACCUCACCUCCAACCGUCUGCAGAAGCUCCCUCCGGACCCCAUCUUUGCGCGCUCCCAGAGCAGUGUUGUGAUGAGCACUCCUUACGCACCUCCGCUUUCUCUAAGCUUUGGUGGAAACCCAUUGCACUGCAACUGUGAGGUGCUUUGGCUUCGAAGGCUGGAACGUGAGGAUGACAUGGAAACCUGCGCUUCUCCCGCCAGUCUAAAGGGGCGCUAUUUUUGGUCUGUUCGUGAGGAGGAGUUUGUUUGUGAGCCACCUUUGAUCACACAACAUACACACAAGUUGCUCGUUCUGGAAGGCCAAACGGCUAGCUUGCGCUGCAAAGCUGUUGGCGACCCAAUGCCAACUGUGCAUUGGGUUGCUCCUGACGACCGUUUGAUCAGCAACUCCUCUCGAGCAACAGUAUAUGAAAAUGGCACCCUGGACAUAACAAUCACCACAUCCAAGGAUUACGGCACCUUUACUUGCAUAGCUGCUAAUGCUGCUGGGGAAUCUACAGCCACCAUUGAGCUAUCAAUCAUUCAACUCCCCCAUUUGAGUAAUGGUACAAAUCGUACCACGCAGCCCAAGUCUGGGCUAUCGGACAUAACUAGCUCUACCAAGAUCAGUAAAGGGGAGCCUAAACCUCCACCAGAGAAGGUGGUGUCUGUAUCAGAAGUGACCGCCGCCUCUGCUCUGGUCAAGUGGACUGUUAGCAAAUCAACUCCAAAAGUAAAAAUGUUUCAGCUACAGUACAAUUGUUCAGAGGAUGAAGUCCUCAUUUACAGGAUGAUUCCUAUGACUAACAGAGCCUUUGUAGUCACAAAUCUUGUCCCAGGGAUGCAGUAUGACCUGUGCGUCUUGGCCAUCUGGGAUGACACUGCCACCACCCUCACUGCCACCAACAUUGUCGGCUGCGUCCAGUUCAUCACCACGGAGGACUACCCGCAGUGCCAGUCUCUUCACAGUGGAUUCCUGGGGGGCACCAUGAUCCUGGUGAUUGGCGGCAUCAUUGUGGCCACGCUGCUGGUGUUCAUCAUCAUCCUCAUGGUGCGCUAUAAGGUGACCAGUGGUAUCCAGGCUAAUAAAUUACCGACUGUUAGCAACACGUACUCGCAGACCAAUGGGGGAUUGAACAGGUUCAACGGCGCCCCGCCACAGGUCAAGUCUACGGUGGUGGUCAUGCGUGAGGAAAUGGUAGAGUUCAAGUGUGGCUCCCUCCAGAGCAGCCUCUCCUCAUCCUCCUCCUCUUCUAACUCAUUAGACAGCCAAACAGGAAGAGGGGCUGGCGACCGCUACAGCAUGCAGGGCAGUGAAUGCAGCACCCUUCCCAGCAGCAAAUUCAGGAGGCACGGGCACGGCGCCAAAGCACGGCCAAACCUGGACCACCUUUUAGGGGCCUUCACCUCGCUGGAGCUGCGAGGGGUAGCGAGGGACCACCAAGGGACUUCUGGCCCCUCCACCGCUUCCAACGCCAUGAUGACAGUGGCUAUGGCUCCCCCUUCUGAUAAAGAACCCCUGCUGGGAAGGGCCGAGUCCACCACCAUGCUGGGACGUCUCCUAGGGCUGCCCCAGGAGGGUAAGCCCAAGAGAAGCCACUCCUUUGACAUGGGUCACGUGGGGGCCGCACAGUGCCGCAGCAACUACCCUCGAAGGAUCAGUAACAUCUGGACUAAGCGCAGUCUGUCUGUGAACGGCAUGCUGCUGCAGUAUGAUGACAGUGAGGACGAGAAGCCCACUUUUGAGAGCUCGGAGUGGGUGAUGGAGAGCACAGUUUGA